GUCGUGGACCUGGUCCCCGCGGAGUCCGUGGCCGCGGCCAGGGUCCUAGCAGCGGACAUGGAGCAGACUCUCCAGGCGUCCUGGGCUCGAGUGCCGCGGGGAAGCGGCCCUGGCCCCAUGGGAUACCAGUAUGAGCACUGGAUCCCGGUGGGGCGGAGCGCAGACAGCGGCCCGGCCACCGCCCGCAUGCUGUCUCUGGUCGCCACCGGGAGCAUUCCUGCCGAGGCUGGCAAUCUGUUGUUCGCAGCCAAGCUGUCGGGUCUAGCCAAGGCCAACGAUGGCACUCGCGUGGUGGCCAGUGGUGGCGUGCCGCGGCGACUGCUCGCGAAGGCUUUGCAGAAGGUGGUGACCGCCGCGGCGGAGGAGUUGCCCGACUUCGUGUUUCUCCAUCGACGUGAGGUGGCACGACGAGUCUUGAGCCUCGACGAGGGCUGCCCUCUGUCGCCGGCCUUUGUCGCCAUCCUUUCGGCAGACCCACUGAGCGCCUUGCGCCAGGGGCUCCAGGUAUUGUACGCCAAGGCGGAGGCCGUGGCACACCUCGACGACAUUCAUUUCUGGGUCCCCCCCGAGCACCUCGAGCAGGCCAUGCAACUGGCCACCCAAGCAGUCGGCAACAUCGGUCUGGAACCCAACGUGACCAAGACGAAGCUGUGGCUCCCCUCUGGCGCGCCUGCCGAGAUUCCCGCCGCCCUGCUGCAGCGCGUCGUUCCGGAGCAGCCCUGCCUCGGGAGCUCGAUAUUGUUCAUGAGGAUCCGGCGUCUCCAGGUGGAUCGCGCCCAGACCCGGCUUGCUGCCUUCGCCGCCCGCUUGGACACGCUCAUUCGCCAUGGCUUGGCUAAGCACGACGCUUGGAUAAUGUUCGCCAACCUCGUGAACGACGCUGUCACCUACGCUCAAAGAGCCCAGGCCAGCGACCCUCAGCAGUGGCGGCGUUAUGACGACCAGGUCGCCGCGGUGGUGGAGAACAAGCUAGGCGGGCCGCUGUCUGACCUCUCGCGCAAGGUCCUCUUCGUGCCCGCCAAGCUCGGCGGCGGCGGCCUGGCGAGCGCGGAGUCUCGGACGGACGCUGUCUUCCUCGGCUCCUGGGCCCAGGUAGAGGCCGUGGUAUGCCGCCUGCAGCGCGUUGAGACGCCGGCGCAGUCUGAGCAGGCCGCCCCGAUAUUGCACCAAGCCGUGCGCGCGGCCACGGAGCGCGUGCAGGCGGCGGGCGGGUCGGUGGCCGUGCGGACCCAGAAAACCAUCUCCCAGUCUCUGGUGGCCAGGCGGAACCGAGACCUCAGAGCGGGGUUGGAAGACGACGCAGCAGUGCUCCUCCACUCGCAGGAAGCAGAAGGCGGAGCGUGGCUCCGAGCGACGCGUCGCGACAAGGACGUGUUGUCGGACGACGCGUUUUGCGUCUGCCUGCGGCGGCGCCUCCUCUUCGAGGAUCUGGCCGCGCAGGGGGCGUUGCCGUGCAUGCUCCGGGGCCCCCGGCGAGCAGAGCAGCUCGCCGAACUCCGCUGCCGGCUGGCCGUAGCGCUGCAGCGGGGCGUCGCCGCUUCGCUGCUGGCUGCCAGCGCCGGGGCCGCACGCCCAUGGCAGUUGGGCUGGUGCGCAAUCCGCCGGUGA